AUGAUUACCACGUCAAUCGAGAGACCCACCACUACUGUGUUCUUGGCACCUCCCAGGAUUUUCCGCAGAGCUGACAGCUCCACCAACUCCGGCUCAUCUACCUCUGAAUCGUCUUCGAAGGCGUCAUCAACGAAAUGCGGUAACGGCUCAAAGUGUACUUUGCCGGCAGACCGCACAGAAUCUGCGACGGUCGCUGUAGCAGUUGUGGUGCCGGUCGUGGUGGUGAUUUUGGUGCUUGGCUUCGUACUUUGGAAAGUUUGGAGAAGAAGCAGGAAAGAAGCCAUGGAAGACAAUGACCCAGACUUCGAUGGCGACGGUGAAUACAUGCCCGCCGCCAAUGCUGGAUACGAGCUGAAGGAGAACAGCGUGCCGACUUCUGGCAGUAAUUUCGAUGACUACGAAUUUAAAAGCCAAGGAUAUCCGGCAGAUGCCGGGUACGCGGGCUCUAACUACUAUAAGCCCCCUAUCGUGGACCCUUUCCAACUACCAAUGAGCGAUGACGCAGGCGACCUGAGGACUUUCGCGCGGUCUAUCCAAAACAACGAGUUUGAUGGGUACAGACUAGCUUCUCAUAGUGCUAGUGAGCUCUCUCUUUCAAACCCAACCGGCGGGUUUCACAGACCCCAAACCUUUAUUCAACAGGGGCGUUCAGGCUCUUUUACCAGCAGUAAUCUAAUGUCCGUUGAAUCUGCUGACAACGUGGCGAGGAUUAACGAUGGGCACAUACAAGACAGUAUGCCGCAAGCGACACAAGCAGAAGAAAUGGCUAGCGGGGAAUCAGGUGAGUAUGCUUCAGAUGUCGAAAACAGCCCUAUCAAAAAUGCGCGCGCUGAAGUCGCACAAGGCUAUAUAGGUGACUCUGCGGGGCUGGAUCCAGAAAAAAGCUUCAAAGGGAGCGCAUCCAUUGAAAAUGACAAGGCUUCUUCGAACCAGAGCUUUGUUGAUGCAUGUUUGAAUGUGAGCAAGACUGGAAUGGAAAAGGGUUCUGAGUAUGACGACGAUUAUGAAAUACACAACUCAAAGGAGGAAGAAAACAUCAAAAGGAUGAAGAGCAUAUAUGAAGUUUACCUUGAUAGGAACGGAACUGUUAGAACAGUCAAUCCUCCCUCGAAAGAAACCGAAGAAGAACUGGGGGCUCACGAGGAGGGCUUUGCAGCUUCAGAGUCGCUUCCAGCAGGCGCUUCCUUCCAAAUUCAUGAAGCAGCUGAGCGCCAAAAACAGCUAGAUGCAAGUAACGCUGGAGUUGUGCGCGAUGAGCUGCAACUACCCGGUCAAGGAGAAGAGACGGUUGCUCGUACCAGAGCCGCCUCUUCCAUAUACUCGGAAUUGCCUGCAAUGCCUCAACAAACCGCCCAGGCAAACCAGUACCGCAGACAGGCACCAUAUGAGCAACCAGCUCAAUAUGAAUACCAGCCUGAGUACUACAAUGACCCCAAUGCUGUUUACUCAUACCAAAACCAAGCGUACAUGCCUCAGCAAUACCACCACCCACAGGCCUUGGAAAAUAUUGAGGAGCUUCCUAACCCUUCCAGCCUUCCAUUCUCCGCAACCACAUCCUCGCUGACUUCUUACAACAAGAAAGCUGGUAGAUCAUUGACACCCGGCGGUAUGCCCGUGUAUAAUGGCACCAAAGUCAACCCUAUCGACCACCCUGAACUUUUCUACAGCCAAUCGUCGCUAGUGGACGAGCAACCUGCGUACGCGCAACAAACUCCAAGUCAAGGUCAGGUUCUGCCACACCAUCUGAGACAGAGUGUCGUGAUGACCAACCCAGCGCAGCUCUCGCACCCUACUCUCUUUAAGCCUGCUGGAUCUUUCAGAAACUUCAGCGCGGCGAAUUCGAGGAACAACAGUAUGACGUCUCAGCACAGCGUUCAACAGCACCAAACCCAACUGGCACACCAGAGGGUGAGCGGUAUCUUGGACGAUCAUGACACUGUCCAGCCUCCGAGACUGGGGGGGAUUCUACCUCACAGCGGGUCGCAUGAUGACUUACGGAGACAGCUGGGUUCUUCAGACAACUACAACGUCUCCUGA